GCUGUAAGUGCCUGUGAUCAGAGAUGUCGAACUCACAGCAAUUUCACUCACUGAAUAUAAAUUUAUUACAAGAAGCGAUUCUUCAUAAAGUGUGUGAAAUUCUAGACCAGGCGAGUGACAGGGGUUGGAGGAAGCUUGCUGGAGUUAUUGCUAAUGACAGACGCUACAGAUUAAGUUCCUCGGAGAUUCACCAAUGUUCUCUGAAAGCUUUGGACUCAGAAGGCAGCCCCACUCGCAGUUUGCUAAGGUUAAUAGGUGACCGAGGAUGCACCACAAGUGAACUGUCUUCGUUUUUGCAAAACAUUGGCCAAUCAGAAGCUAUGACUUUUUUAAAGCCGCCAGGAAUAAAAGUUGCUGUACAACCAGAAUCAAUGGCAGUAUUAUCUGGCCAAAUGGUGAAGUUGAGCUGUGUAGCACAUGGACAUCCUGUUGUCAAUUACCAGUGGUUCAAGAUGAAUAAAGAGGUUCCUUAUGGAAAUUCUUCAGAGUUGGUUUUCAACCCCAUUCAAGUACAGGAUUCCGGCCAUUACAUCUGUAGAGUAAACAAUGAGUUCUCAUUUGACUUCAGUGACUGGGUACAACUGGAUGUUUAUGAAAGUAAUUUAACUUGUCACGGUUUACCUGAGAACAAACUUCACAUCCAUAUUCAGCCCCAGGACCAGAGAUUGUUGAUUGGAGACAGGCUGGGUCUGGAAUGCAUUGCUAUCGGAAAACCUCUUCCCUGCUACCAAUGGUAUCGGAAUGGAAUGGCAUUGAAAGAUGAGACUAACAGGGUGUUCAUGGUUUCAAGUGUUUCAGUAGAUCACCAGGGUGUGUACCAUUGUAAAGUCACUAAUGGAAAAGAAACGGAAGACAGUGUGAAAGCUGAAGUUCUUGUCGUUGGAUCUGGAAAGCCCUGGAAAAAUGUUGCGGUGGAGUGCACAGAAGAGGAGUUACUAAGUGACCUCACUAUCACUGAACAGUCAACUGAUGAGCUUUUUGCCACAGACAAGGUCGCACUACUAAUUGGAAAUAUGUCGUAUAAAUAUCAUACUCAACUGAAAGCUCCAAUGGUGGAUGUUUAUGAACUGACUAAUCUUCUCCGGCAACUUGACUUCAAGGUGGUUUCUCUGCUUGAUUUGACUGAGCUGGAGAUGAGAAAUGCAGUUGAUGAAUUCUUACUUUUACUAGAUAAAGGGGUAUAUGGAUUGCUAUAUUACGCAGGCCAUGGAUAUGAAAACUAUGGAAACAGCUUUAUGGUUCCUAUAGAUGCUCCCAAGCCCUAUCGAUCAUCUAAUUGUUUAUGUGUACAAAGUAUCCUGAAACUAAUGCAAGAGAAGGAAACCGGACUUAAUGUUUUCCUAUUGGACAUGUGCAGAAAAAGGAAUCAGUAUGAUGACACCAUAUUAAUCCCAGAGAGUCUGAAAGUUACAGCCAACAUUGUGUUUGGUUACGCCACGUGCCAAGGAGCAGAGGCAUUUGAGAUCCAGCAUUGUAAUUUGGCAAACGGAAUAUUCAUGAAAUUCUUAAAAAAACGCCUGCUAGAAAACAAAAAAAUUACUGUUCUUCUAGACCAGGUUGCAGAAGAUAUGGGUCGUUGCCAGUUAACUAAAGGAAUGCAAGCUCUUGAAAUCCGUAGCAGCCUCUCAGCGAAAAGAGCCUUAACAGAUCCAGUACAACAGUCAGCAUGUUCUCCGGAGUCCUUGGCUCGGAACCUGCAGUGGGCUAAGGCCCAUGAACUCCCAGGAAGCAUGUGCAUUGAAUUUGACUGUGGGGUUAAAAUUACGCUUGGAUUUGCUGCAGAAUUUUCAAACGUUAUGAUCAUCUAUACGAGGAUAACGGAGAAGCCUUCAGAAAUAAUUAAUUGUAAAGCGAGCAUUACAGACUUGCCGUUGGCAUUGUACGUGGACCCAAAGGAAACUAAUAAAUGCACUCCAGAGGAGACAGGAAGCUUCCUGGUGUCAAAGGACCUGCCUAAACACUGCUUGUAUACACGCCUUAGUUCUCUUCAAACACUAAAGGAAAAUUUUACCUUCACAGUAUGCUUAACGUAUAUGUAUCAAGGAAUUGAAGAUCUCUUGGAUGAAUGUAAGUCAAUUGAUGUGGGGAAACCUCUUAUAUCAAAGUUAGACAUUCAUUCCGGAAUUCGGAAUUUCUGCGCACAGACUUGCCCUAUACCUCACAGUCCAUGCCGCAGCCCUGAAUACGCAGUGGCUGGAUCCCACCAGGUUUUUACAGACUCAAGGUACUCCUCUCCAUCAAUGCACCUCAAUAUCUACCAUCCACAACGGAGACACGUUACCCAGCAUGACAUGUAUCAGCAGUCUAUGUACUCAAGUAUUUCUCCUGACAUUAAAAUAGGGUACUUAUCGGAAUCUAUGAAAACACAAAAUGUUCCCGAGGAAAGUACAGAUGAAUACAUUGACAUUGGAGCUGUAUUAUAAGAGAAACUUUGACGCCCGCCACCUUAUCUAGUAGGUUCAGCAUGCGUCACAGCUAUUAAAGUGUUGUAAUAAUA